GUCCUCCUACAUUGACAAUCAGCCUUCUGACAAUAGUGUACGUAGAGUUGGCACCUCGUGUUGGUGAUGGCGUCAAGCAGCGGGGAGGAGCCUCGUACCUCACCAGUUAUGGCGGAUUCUACUCCGAUGGUGAGGAUGGAAGCCAAGAUGUUUGUGGCGACAGGCCAUGACCAUUGCCAGGAGUUGAAGGAUAUGAUCAGCAAGGCGGAUCCUUCGACCAUGGUAGUGGUGAUGGCCUCCAACAACCAGACUUCCGCACCGAAGCCUCGCUCGCCGGUCAUGGAUCCCCGGCUGCUAGCAGCGGCCUGCUCUGGCUCGUGGCAGAAACUGCAAUCAUUUCUCAACAAGCAAGACCGUCAAACCUCCAGCGACGGGGCUAUCGGAAGCUCGGCUAUGCAGCCAGCUUCUGGAGACGUAGAAGCACUUCGCUGGGAGUCUUUCCUGGACGGGGUCACCAUGGAUGGCGACACUUUUCUCCAUGUGAUGGCCACCAACAGUGAUGGUGACAACUUGGAUGAAGAUGGCACCAUACGCAAGAAGGCAAUAAGCCUCCUCUUCGUGCAAAACAGCCAGGGAGAUACGCCUCUGCACUAUGCUGCACGGGCGGCCAAGAUCAAUAUGGUGUCUUUUCUCAUUGAUCUGGCCAGAGGUGAGGAUCAAGAUACUAGCAGAGUGAAGGCAUUGCUAGAGAUGGAAAACAUGAGUAAAUGGACAGCCUUGCAUGAGGCGGUCUGCAGUGGGAAAAAUGAUAUAGUCGAAUUGCUCAUGAAGGAGGAUCCAGAAUUGACAAGUCUUCCGAAGACUGGUACUUCUCCGUUGUACCUAGCCAUCUUAAUGGAAAAUAAAAUCAUCGCCAAGACACUCUACGAGUUAAGCCUCAGGAAAAGUGGGAAUAAUGACAGGAAUCUUUCAUACUCUGGACCAGAUGGACAAAAUGCAUUGCAUGCUGCUGUUCUCCGAGGCAAAGGUCUUACAGAGAUGGUGUUAGGAUGGAACAACAAUCUUACAACACAACAAGAUGAUAAGGGAAGUACACCUCUUCACUUAGUUGCAUCCGUACUACCUCAAAGUCCCCUACAAUUACUUGCAUCCGUACUACCUCAAAGUGGCCUACAAGCCAUACGUUUCCUUCUACUGAAUGCCAAUCCGGAUGCAUUGUAUCAAACGGACAACGACGGGUCAUUCCCCAUACAUGUGGCUGCAUCCGUAGGUGCAACACUGGCCAUCAGUGAUUUUAUUGAGGAGUCACUCAGUUGUGUUGGUUUGCGUGAUGCUAGGGGAAGGACGUUUCUUCAUGUUGCAGUUGAAAAAGGGGAAAUGUGGACAGUCCGUUCUGUUUGCAGGAACCGGUCGUUAUUAUGGAUUUUGAAUAUGCAAGACAACAAAGGAAACACGGCCAUGCACCUAGCUGUCCAGACAGGGAGGCUUACGAUGUUUUAUGCUCUAUUCGGCAAGAGAGAAGUACACUUAAAUUCAACAAAUGAGAAAAGGGAGACUCCCCUAGAUAUAGCAAAUCGCAAUAUUUCCAAAGGAAAACUGUAUUAUACUCAGAACAGUGAAGUGAAAAUAUGCAGAGCACUCAAAUAUGCUGGUGCUAAACGGGGUGUUUGUCGUCAGGAUUGCCUUGAAGAAGACAAUAUUAUCCAAGGAAAACAGGAUGGAACAUGCAAAAUGGAUCAAGUGAAAGAGGGGACACAAAAUCUAUGUGUUGGCUCUGUACUAAUUGCAACCAUAACAUUUGGUGCAAAUUUUGCCAUGCCCGGAGGUUAUAGAGCUGAUGACCACAUUAAUGGAGGCACACCAACACUUGCGAGAAGGUAUGCUUUUGGUGCAUUCGUACAGGCAAAUGCACUUGCCUUUGCUUCUUCCAUGAUGGCUACAAUUGCUCUUAUGUCUUCUGGAUCUCCCAUGCACAACCCUCGGAGCCGGGCAAUGAAUAUAAGCAUGGCCUUCGCUUUCAUGGAUGUUUCGGUUACAAGUUUGGUGGCUGCUUUUGCACUUGGUACCUAUACGAUGCUAGCUCCUGUUGCUCAUAGGACAGCCGUUGUAGUUUGUGUCUUAAGUUCUCUCGCAUUGCUAUAUCGUGAUUUGGAAAUAGCAAUCAAGAAUUCUGUUCUAGCAGCAUCACACUACAGGAGAAAGCGAAUAUGUCACGGGAUAGUCUUUUCGUUGGCGGCUUUCACAUUCUUGGCCAGUCUUAUAUUUCAACUUUGGCCCAUAGUAGUCAUCUAUUGUUUGACUGCAUUAAGUCACAUCAGUGGCAAAGUGGAACUAGCGGCACAGCCACCCACACCACUGGCUUGAAGAAGGCUGAAUUGGCGUAUAUUACAUGGAUCAGGGCAGUACCAUCUUACACUGCCCAGUUAAAGAUUUCAACCAGAACUAUGUUUCUAGAGGAACUUUAAUGGAUCGUGUGAAUGUUAUGUCAGACUAAACAUUUCUUUGUUCAAGUGUGAGUUUGCUUGUGCCAGUGCUACUGUAAACAAUGCUUACUGUAUUCGCAUGCAGCUGCAUUUUGUAUUGUCUGGUUGGAGUUUGUGAUUCAUCUAAGCUGAUUGAA